GCAUGGUAUCAGCCAGAGUGGAGUGCUUCAAAAGUGAUUUGUUUUACGAGAAAAACAACAUAUCUUUAGACAAUGGUAUUAGGAGAGGUCCAACAGCUUCCCCUGGAAGAGGAGUACAACAAGAAGACAGGAAUCAGCCCCAGCGAUGUCCAAGAGCUGAGACAAUGGUUGAAAACACAACCACAUUUGCCUGAGAAAUACAUAACAGAUUUAGAUCUUAUUUGUGCCUAUCAUUCUUGCGAGAGAAGUAGUGGGGUCACCAAGCAAGUGCUAGAUCUACAUUACACUCUACGCACACUCUUCACGAAUUUCUUCAAGAACAGAAGAGUGGAAGACGUGGAACAAAUUUGUAAUACAGCAUUGCUCUGCCCUCUACCGGCACGCACAAAAGAAGGCAACGCUAUUUUUUACUCACAUUUGAUAAACUAUGUGCCGAAGUUAUUUGUGUUCAGUGCAGCUGUAAAGGCUACAUUGAUGGUGAUAGAUCUCUGGCAGUAUGAGGAAGGGACUUGGCCAGGAUUUUUUAUGGUGAUAGAUUUCGAAGGAAUGUCUCUGGGGCACCUGGCGAGGAUUGACUUGCAGAGUCUACAACAGUUUUUAUAUUAUUUGCAGGAAACAAUGUUAGUACGAUUAAAAGGCAUGCACUUUGUUAAUGCUCCAUCCUGGGUGGAUAAACUCUUAAUAAUGAUGAAGCCGUUUAUGAAGAAGGAAUUAAUGGAAACGCUUCGAGUCCAUACUACUGGAUCAAAUACUUUACAGGAGUGGAUCCCCAUUGAAGCUCUCCCGAAAGAUUCCGGUGGAAACUUCAAAACGAUUUUGGAAUGCAAAGAUGACGUAUUAAACAAGUUACUGGCUAAUAAAGCGUUUUUUGAAAAUGAAAACAAUAAACGAGUGACAGAAGCGCUGAGAAAAGGAAAGCCAAAAACUAUUUCAGACAUAUUUGGCGGCAUGGAAGGGUCAUUUAAAAAGCUUGAAAUUGACUGAAAACGCAUGAAAAAUAACAGUACAGUAAUUUUUUUAUGAUAAAGGCAAAGUUAACAGGUUUAAAGUUAAAUAUACCUUAUAAAAUCAACCAAAUAAUGUUUGGUACUGUGUAUAUUUUUAAAAACAGGAGAUUUUGAGUAAUA